AUGUUGGUCAUCCACCUGGAACAACAGCUCAGUCCGGUGGCUGACAGCAUCCUCGCGAUGGACGGAGUCAUCGUCAUCCUCGUGUCGUUGAACGGCCAAAGCUACACGGAUUGUCCCGAGCAGCCUGCGCUGAGGUUGGAGCCGUUGCCGCCUGUGCCCGACGAAUCCUGCCCCAUCCCAAAGCUGAUACUCAAGGAAGGCACAGCCUACGACCGAAGCCGGCCCUUGCGGGACAUGGCGGACUUGACGGAGGUCUCCAAUGAUGUUCCCGUGUCGCUUCCGGAUGCCACUCGGCUGGCUGCCUCGGGCCAGCAGCUUCUCGCGCUCGAGGACUCCUCCGAAAGAGAAGAAGUGAUCAACACACUCUUCAAGUUGAUACACAACGUGCUCGGUGACCCAGAGAACCCGAAGAAGCGCCGAAUAAAGAAGGCGAACGAAUCUUUCAACAAAAAGGUGGGUCGGCACAAGGCUGCGAUCGAAUUCCUCCGGGCAGCGGGCUUCCGAGACGGCGAUGAUCCGGACGAAGGCAAGGAUGCCCUGUUGAUCAUGCCCAUAGCCUACACGCUGCGGCUCACUGAUGCCCAUCACAACCUGACGGCCCUAGCGCAGCAGGCCGGAUUAACGCCUCCUCCGAUGCCCGGAAGUGGAUUCAAUCCUUACUCAUCGGUGGUCCAAGCUGUGGAUACCACGAGGAGUGCCAAGGCCCCAGAGUCCUGGAAGAGCCAGGUGGACUCUGUGAGGGAUGAGGUGCGCAAGCGAGAACGCGAGCUCCAGGACCAGGUCGCCCAAGCUCCAGCCGUCGAGCUCCGACCAAACGCAUUCUGGCUCUCAGCGGGGCGCCGUUUGGAAGAGGUCAUACGGGAGGCAGACAAGGAGGCGGAGGAACGUGCUGCUGACAACAACCUCCUGAAAGAGCAGGUGGCAUCCGUCAAGACAGCCAUCUCGGGAACCAGCACUUUCGAGAGUGCGGACAAGAAGCGCUUGGCGCAGCUGCAGCGCGCCAAGGCGCACAAGACGUGCAUCUUGCGGAUUGUCUGUCCGGACAAGUCGGUGUUGCAGGUCCACUUCCGGGCUGCUGAAACUGGCAGCAAGGUCGUUGAGACUCUUCGGCCGCUCCUGGCGCCUUCGGUGCAGGGCUUGCCUUGGUACAUCUACCGGUCGCCCCCUAUGGAGCGUCUAGCCCCGAAGGUCACGCUUGCUGCUGCUGGCUUGGCACCCGGCGCCGUGAUGUAUCUUGGCUUUGACGAUGGCGCUGGCGCGAAACCACCGCCACCCUACCUUGCGCCAGAUCUCGUUGAGCAGCUGGGGCCCUGCCGACCCGAGGAGACGGGCGUCACAGCACCGGCGAGUUUUACAGGUGAGGCCAUGGGUUGGGGAGCCGGCCAUCGGCUCGGCGCAGCGCCGGCGCCGAAGGCAGCGGCUGCUCCAUCCGAAGCGGCGCCAGCGGGCGAAAGCGCAGCGCCACCUGCAGAUGCCACCAAGAGCACAUCUGAGCAGCGUAGCCCAGCCGAAUAG